CUCUCUCUCUCAUACGUGUGGUGAUUUUGUUGUGUUUUUUCAUUCAAACUUACAUGUUGCAUACACAUCGAACACACAAUGAAAACACUUCGAUCAAGUCUAUCUGUGGAUUCAUUGAAAUAAUAACAGUGAAUAGCAACAACAACAUAUAAAUUCAACUUUACGCGCUAGUUCAGCAUUCUAACUGAAGCAAUACGGACUUUUCACAGCUGUAACACGUAUCGAUUCUCGUCAUACUCUCGACCGAUUUGCGAUUAAUCAGAUGUCAACCAGAAAUUUUGUGUUUUAAUCGAAAAAUCAGAUCAUCGAAAAAUUAGAAAAAUAAAGUCCUUGCAAUCAAUAAAAGUAGUGAACUUGAGUGAUUCGCGGACAAUCGUGAUAUCGAUGUGAAUUCAAUAGUUUAACGCUGUAGCAUUAAUUUAAUUCAGCACAAUCAAACAGAGCGAUAAAACUCUAUGAUACGAAAUUAUUUUUUUCAUCAAUUUUAUUAUUGUGCCAAGCCCAAAUAGAGUCAUUCAAAACGCAUUUACCUUUCCCGUUGUUUUAUAAUUCGUUUUUUUCUUAAUUGUUGUUGUUCAUUUUUGAUUGUUUGUUGAAAUUCUAAAAAAAUUCAACAGUAAUACUCAAGUAUAAAAAAUAUCAUAAAGAAAAACGUUGUCACGAAGAAACAAAGUCUAUACGAACAAAAAUUUCAACUUAUAAAACUGAUUGCCAAGUUAAAAUAAAGAGUGUACGGGUACACGUGUGUUCCAUACACGGUGAUUGUUUAUUAUUGCGCAUAUAAUACUUGUAAAGUGCGUAUACACAAAGUGAAAGGAAAACGAACAAAAUACACAUCGUAUUGUGCGCGCACAUUGUAAAAUGCAUACAGGUGAAGUUCACAUACGUCCUCUCACAAUAAUCUUAUAAACGCAACAAAAGCAAAAAAAAAAAACGCAAAAUCAUAUAAGGAUCACGCAAAACGAUGAAAAAAACAUUAAAUAAAUAAGGUGAUCUAAAAGGUAGACGAUUGAAAAGCGACCGGAUAUUCGCAGCCAGCAACGUAUAUUUGUGAAUGAAUUGAACAGAAAUCCAUUUCAUCGAAAAUGACAGUUUUAGCAGUUUCGGACAACCUUUCGGCUGAGCCAAUUUGGAAUUUGGAGCGACGUGAGUCUUCGGGCCAUUUGUUUUGGUGCCGUGAUUCAUCCAAAGUAAAAUUCCGAUGCGACGUCGAAGUAAUGGAAUAUGAAAAAGACCCGGAAGAACACAAGAGCUUUUACGAUUCAAAUAACAAUACAACCACCGAAAAAUUGACAAAUGUUGCUGUUGUUUGUGCAACAUGCAUCGCGGCUAUUGCGGUAACGGUAUUUUUGCCGUGGUUCCUGAUUGGAUCCAAUUAGUUUUUAGCAUUUUUUUUCUUUUCAUUGAAUUUUAAUGAUCGUUUUCUUUGGUUUUUAAACUUCUAUAUUUAUAUAUUGGUGUUGUAGUCAAUUUAUAUAUACAUAUUAUAUAUAUCGUCUACAGUCAGCGACUGGUAUUUUGGCACAUGGUUAGAACAAAACGAAAUGUUUUUGUACAUCUGUCAAUCAAUGUGUGUAAUAUACAUAAACAAAAUAUAAAAUCGGUAUAUAAAAUCGGUAGUAUAAAUUUGUAUGUUUCGGUCAAAACCGAUUUUCAGAUUUUGUAUAUGUAUAUGUUUGUGUUGGGUAUGAAAAUAUGUGACAUAUGUUGACUGUGAGCGCCGUCUGACGCAAACUAGCUGUAAGAAGAAUGAUUUGAGUGAAAAUGAUUCACAUACAAUUUUCAAUAAUUUUUUUUUCAAUUUUAUGAAUUUCAGUAAAUUGAUUAACUUAGUUCAUUAUAUUGAGAUUUUUGCAUAAUUUUAUUUCCAAAAAAUCCAUUCAAUUUAACAUAAAAUCCCGACUCAAGCGUUGAAAUCUGCCAAUUUCGAAAUCGCCGUCAAUUUGAACUUGCCGUUACUACUAGACCAUUUUGCUUUUCUCUCUUGAAUCGGUGUCAUAUUCAAGACUAAACAUUCAAACGGGAGCAUAAACACAAUUUUUUUUUUGGUUAAAUCGGCACACAAUCAACUUUAAACGAAAAUUUGCAUUUGCGACCAUCUAACGAAAAUCGAUUAAAUAAUUUCACAAUUUGGUGACCGAAUGAUUUGUUGAGAGGACAAUUCGAAACAAAAGUGGAUUAAAUUUUGUAGUAAUUCAAAUUUAUGUGAAAAACUAUAGGUAAAGUGCUUUUUUUUAUAUUGUUGUUGUAUUUUUUUUGAUGCGACAACUUUUUUUUCUAAAUAAUAGUAGAAAAAUAAAAGAAAUUAUUUAAUGCAUAUUGUAAUCGUAGCAUGUCCUUUUGAAUUGAUAUUUUAUUCUCGAAUAGAUCGUAACUGUGUAACGGUAAUUUUCGAGUUUUUAUUUUCAUUUUUUUUCGUCUUGAAGAAUGGGAAAUGGAUUUUUUUUUAUUAAAAUAUGGUAUCUAUAAAAAAAUAAGAUUGAAACUGUCUCAAGACCCAACAUAUACCCGAGAAUAAUAUUUAAAAAAAAAAA